CCACCCCUCGGGCAUAAAUAGGCCUGUUGGGCUCACCAGGGGAUAGCUGUGCUUGUCUGCGCUGAGGCUGAAGGGCACAGAGGCGAGCGCUCAGGUCGAUGAUGACUCCCACAGGGAUAGGCCCAAAGGCCACCGUCUUCUGCAUCCUGACCUGGGUCAGCCUGACGGCUGCGGACCGCGUGUACAUCCACCCCUUCCAUCUCCUCUACUACAGCAAGAGCAGCUGUGCCCAGCUGGAGAACCCUAGCGCAGAGACACCCCCAGAGCCGACCUUCUCGCCUGUUCCUAUUCAGGCCAAGACCUCCCCUGUGGAUGAGAGGACCCUUCUUGAGCAGCUUGUGCUGGCCACUGAGAGGCUGGAUGACGAGGAUCGGCAGCGGGCUACCCAGGUCGCGAUGAUAGCCAACUUCAUGGGCUUCCGCAUGUACAAGCUGCUGAGCGAGGCCGGGGGCGUGGCCAGCGGGGCCGUCCUCUCCCCGCCAGCUCUCUUUGGCACCCUGGUCUCUUUCUACCUCGGAUCCUUGGAUCCCACGGCCAGCCAGCUGCAGGCGCUGCUGGGAGUUCCCGUGAAAGCAGGAGAAUGCACCUCCCGGAUGGAUGGGCACAAGGUCCUUGCUGCUCUGCGGGCCAUUCAGGGCCUGCUGGUCACCCAGGGCGGGAGCAGCAGCCAGGCACAGCUGCUUCAGACCACGGUGGUGGGGCUCUUCACGGCGCCGGGCCUGCGCCUGAAGCAGCCUUUCGUUCAGAGCCUGGCUCCCUUUGCCCCUGCCAUCCUCCCACGCUCUCUGGACUUGUCCACUGACCCUGGUCUUGCUGCUGAGAAAAUCAGGAGGUUCAUGCAGGCUGUGACAGGGUGGAAGAUGAACUUGGCGCUGGACAGGGUCAGCACAGACAGCACCCUACUUUUCAACACCUACGUUCACUUCCAAGGGAAGAUGAAGGGCUUCUCCCAGCUGGCCGGACUCCACGAGUUCUGGGUGGACAACAGCACCUCUGUGUCUGUCCCCAUGCUCUCGGGCACCGGCAACUUCCAGCACUGGAGUGACUCACAGAACAACUUCUCCAUGACUCGCGUGCCCCUGGGGGAGAGCGCCGCCCUGUUGCUGAUCCAGCCGCACUGCACCUCAGAUCUAGACAGGGUAGAAGCCCUGGUCUUCCAGCAUGACUUCCUGACUCGGAUAAAGAACCCGCCUCCUCGGGCCAUCCGCCUGACCCUGCCCCAGCUGGAAAUCCGGGGAUCCUACAACCUGCAGGACCUGCUGGCCCAGGCCAAGCUGCCCACCCUUUUGGGGGCUGAGGCAAAUCUGGGCAAGAUUGGUGACAGCAACCCCAGAGUGGGAGAGGUUCUCAACAGCGUCUUCCUUGAGCUCAAAGCAGGAGAGGAAGAGCAGCCAACAGUGCCCGCCCAGCAGCCUGGCUCACCUGAGGCGCUGGAUGUAGCCCUGAGCAGCCCGUUCCUGUUCGCCAUCCACGAUCGGCACUCGGGCGCCCUCCACUUCCUGGGUAGAGUGGACAGCCCUCAGAGUGUGUGAGGCCCGAUGCCAGAGGGGCCCUUGGGUGCAGCCGAGGCAAGGCCAGCGUCAGAGGGCCAUCCUGGACAAGAACCAGUGCUGUCACCCCUCCAUCGAGGCCGAGGCUGUCUCCUUGGAGACUGCACCGAUAAUAAACAGUGAGCACCAGAGCUGGCCUCCUGGGCUGUGGGUUUGUUUAGAAGCUGGGGUGAGAGCCAGCAGCUGGCACGCCGCACAGGACUGCCACUGUGCGAAGAAUCUGGAUCAAACAACUGUUUGUGAAACCAAAAAGCCUCCCCUUUUACUCAAGAACAGAAAUUGGGUUUUCACAUUAAAAUACACAUUGUCCCCUCA